AUGACACGGCGGCUGGCGAAUACGACUAUAGCCCCUUUAUUCUUGAUGUGGGAACCUGCGGCGUCGAAUUGUGUGAAAUACAUCAAGAUGAUAACUUGGGAUCUUCGUCGUCGGUUCACCGCAUCAGAAGCCCUACAAUUCUUCGAGCAAAGUCUUUCCGAGAUGUCGCAAAAGGAAUUGGAAACUCCACACCCCACAAUGUUACGUCCAGACGCCACGUACUUGAAUUAUGACAGAUGGGCGGGUUUACCUCUGGACUUGAAAGAAAAGUGGAAGAUGCAUAAGACGCCGCCAAUUCCGUGGCACCUGAUGUUCCUUCGUGUUAAAAAGCUCAUAAAUUUGACAUUGGAACAGAAGCCUCAUGCUGACCUACGAAUUACCUUUUCUAUGGAGCCCGAUGCAGACAGGGUUGCUCAACGGGAAUUUUGGAGUUCUUCAACGACUUUGGAAUGGUUCAAGCAUCGCGGCUAUGAACUUUAUCGCUCUAUUGACGGAACCGAUAAAGUCUAUCCAAUACACCCACCUGAAUUCCCAGAAGGCUCUGAAUUCCCCUUUUACUUGGCUGAUUAUCCUUACGCUUCCUUCAAGACUGUGAAAUCCAAUGAUAUGCACUUACUUGAGGAAUACAACAUCCGGUUUUAUAUCAAGGGCAACAUUGCUUAUGCCCAAGACGUUCAGAACAGGCACGUUGUUAUCAAAAUUGUUCCAAAGCACACAGAGGAAUAUCGCAUUUUACGCUUCUUGCAUGCUCAAAAACUGGACACCUUGAAAGAAAAUGGCAUUUUGCCAGUGUUAGAUCUCCUUCCAACCGAAGGCUACUACUUCGCGGAUAUUGGAAAACAUAACGUUUUAACCAACCACUUCUAUUGCCUGAACGACAUGGGGUAUUUGGAGCGCUACUCCAUGAGGAGUAGAGGGAUCCUCCUGUAUGCAGUCAUUGACUUCGAUGCCUCUGUGAUGCUGCCAGCAGACGUAGACAGGUCCAAGUUUCGCCUCCCUUACGAAAAAGGCUUUCGCAGAUAUCCCACUAUUAAGGACAUGCAGACGGGCCCAUUUGAUUAUAAUCCUUUUGUACAAGACGUUGGAGCCAUGGGUGCAAUGCUGUGUCUAAAUUUUCAGCAUCUCUCUCUGCACUUGCCACUGCUGGCACCUCUUUUUGACGGGAUGACUACAUGGGAGCUCGACAAGCGAUUUACGGCCAGCGAGGCACUCCAAUUCUUUAACGACCGCGUAUCUGAAAUUGUGGAAGAGCAGUUAGGAGAGUGCCCACAAAGUGAAAAUGACAGCCAACUUUACUACUAUGAUGAUUACGACCGAUGGAAGACGCUUUCUCCCGACUUUGUGGAGAAAUGGAAAGUAUAUAAAGCUCGAAAGCAUGUAGCUGAUUUCGAGGUCAAUUCAUCUUCCAUUGCUACCCAAGGGACUAGGAUGCGUCGCCCGACUGCUCCUUCUUGCGUAGUCCCUUGCUAA